CUUCAGUCUGUCCAGUCGUCCACAGCCCAUAACCCGCGGAUUUACAAUCAACAAUUGUCACAUUUUCUGCCCGGGGAUAUCUUUUUCUCCCUUCGCUAUAUUUUUUAAAUAUGCGGUGGUUCGUGUCUCCAAACAUGGUGUAGCUCCACUCUCCCAUCGGUGAAGCAGCAGCAGCCCGCGAGCUCUGAGCCAAGAUGUCCAGUAGCUCGGGCUACCCCCCCAGCCAGGGGAGCUUCAGCAGCGAGCAGAGCCGAUACCCGCCACACUCGGUCCAGUACACCUUCCCGGGCACGCGCCACCAACAGGAUUUCACCAUCCCAGACUAUCGGAGUCACAUGCAGGACCCGCAGGCGCGGCGGAGACCAUCUCUCCUGUCUGAAUUCCACCCUGGAACUGAAAGGCCUCCGGAGAGACGCCAUGGUUACGAGCAGCAGUAUCACUCCAUCACGACCCAGGCGGAGCACGACGCCUUGGAGGCUAAACGCCCUCGCAUGGAGACCGUUGCCGAGGCGCACAUCACCCGCACCCCUCCCGCCGCGGGCGCCAUUGUCGUGCCGAUGCCCAACUCACUCCACGACAGCCUCAGAGCCACUGUGGAGGUCAAAAAGGAGUCUCAGUACACUGUGAAAGUGGAGUCUCAGUCCCCCGGAGGACAUGCGCUGCACAUGGGGGACGAUCAGGACAACUCUCCCUCCAAGCUCUCCAAGGAGGAGCUCAUCCAGAGCAUGGACCGAGUGGACCGGGAGAUCGCCAAAGUGGAGCAGCAGAUUUUCAAGCUGAAGAAAAAGCAGCAACAACUCGAAGAGGAAGCAGCGAAGCCGGUGGAGCCGGAGAAGCCAGUGACCCCUCCCCCGGUGGAGCACAAGCACCGCAGCAUCGUCCAGAUCAUCUACGACGAGAACAGGAAAAAAGCCGAAGAGGCCCAUAAAAUCCUGGAAGGUCUCGGCCCCAAGGUUGAGCUGCCCCUGUACAACCAGCCUUCCGACACAAAGGUGUACCAUGACAACAUUAAGACAAACCAGGUCAUGAGGAAGAAGCUGAUUUUGUUUUUUAAGAGGAGGAACCAUGCACGUAAACAAAGGGAACAGAAGAUCUGCCAGCGCUACGACCAACUGAUGGAAGCGUGGGAGAAGAAGGUGGAGCGAAUGGAGAACAACCCCAGACGCAAAGCCAAGGAGAGCAGGACACGAGAGUACUACGAGAGGCAAUUCCCCGAGAUCCGCAAGCAACGGGAGCAGCAGGAGCGUUUCCAGAGAGUUGGACAAAGAGGAACUGGUCUUUCUGCAACCAUUGCAAGAAGCGAGCACGAGAUUUCUGAAAUCAUAGACGGCCUCUCUGAGCAGGAGAACAACGAGAAGCAGAUGAGACAGCUGUCGGUCAUCCCUCCCAUGAUGUACGACUCGGAGCAGAGGCGAGUGAAGUUCAUCAACAUGAACGGGCUGAUGGACGACCCCAUGAAGGUGUACAAGUCCCGGCAGUUCAUGAACGUUUGGACCGAGCACGAGAAGGAGAUCUUUAAAGACAAGUUUGUUCAACAUCCCAAGAACUUUGGCCUGAUUGCUUCUUAUCUGGAGAGGAAGUGCGUUGCCGACUGUGUCCUGUACUACUACUUGACCAAAAAGAACCACAACUACAAGACACUGGUGAGACGAAACUAUGGACGGCGGAGAGGAAGGAACCAGCAAAUAACACGUCCGUCACAAGAAGACAAGUCCGACGACAAGAACGAAGAGGACAAAUCUGAGAAGACCGAGAAAAAAGAGGACGAGGAAAACAAGGACGAUCAAGAGAAAGAUGAAAAGGAGGAGUCCAGAGACAUUGGCAAGGACAAAGACAAGUGUGACGGUGGGGAGGACGAGGACUGCAAGGAGCAAAACACGCCGCGUGGCAGGAAGACUGCCAACAGCCAGGGCCGCCGUAAGGGAAGGGUCCUCACGCGCUCCAUGGCCAAUGAAGCCGCGUCUGUGGCAACCGAGGAAGCUCCUCCCCCCGCCUCGGAGCCCGCCAUGCCAGACCCUCCACAGCUCUCCAAAGGCGACCCAGCGCAGAAGUCAAUGAAGGAGCCUGCCAAGCCUCAGACUCCUGUGUCCUCCAUGGAUGGUAAAGCUGGUGCUGCUGAAGCUGGGGAAACUUCUCGCUGGACCGAGGAGGAGAUGGAGGUUGCCAAAAAAGGGCUUGUCGAGCACGGGCGAAACUGGACGGCCAUCGCCAAAAUGGUAGGCACCAAAAGUGAGGCGCAGUGUAAGAACUUCUACUUCAACUACAAGAGACGUCACAACUUGGACAACCUGCUCCAGCAGCAUAAGCAGGAUACGCGGAGGGCCCGUGCUGAUAGGUCUCAAGGUGAAGGUCUUGCCACGGCAUCACCUGACGAUGACGAGGACAACGCAGAUGACAGCGAAGGCGGUGACAACAGCUCAGAUACAGAGAGCGCCCCUUCCCCCUCCCAGGCGGACUCUUCAAAGUCUGCUGACUCCAAGAGGGGAGACGGCACUGUAGGAGACGCUCAGUGCUCCGAUCAGGACAAAGGUCACACCAGCAAUGGAAAAGCCCUCGAGCGCUCAUACGGGGAACUCCGUGUUAAGGAGGAGAAAAGCCCUGAGAGGGAGGCUGGGUCUCUGGAGGAAAAAGGUAGAGUGGCCUCCUUUGCGGGCUCACUGCAUCCGAAAACUGAACCUCAGGAUAUCGACCUGAAGACCGGAGAGGUUCAGGUCAAGAUGGAGCCGGAAAUGAAGGAAAAAGGAGAAAAGGGAGAUCAUGGGGAAAGGCAGAGGGAGCUCAACUCGGAUAAUGACUCCAGCGCCACCUGCAGUGCAGAUGAGGAUGUGGAAGCAGAGCCUGAACAACAGAGAUUGUACCUGAUGGACAAGCCUUCACUGCUCAACCCUCCGGGCUCGGUGCUGGUGUCUUCACCCAAGCAGGCGCAGCUCAACAUGGAGCAGCUGCAUCAACGGGCUGCCACCAUCCCACCCAUGGUGCCUGGUUCUUUCGGCCCCGGCGGGAUGACCACCAGUGGCCUCGCCAUGCUGCAACGCCAGAUCAAAGCGGUGCACGAGUCGUCUGCGCACCAGGAAGAGAAGCAGAGGCAGGAUCAGGGACACCUGGAGCGCAGACCCCCCUUCCCCACCCGCAGCCCCACCAUACUGGAUAGAGAUGUCCUCCACCCUGUUCCCAACCAACUGGUUCAGGGCAUGCCAGAUGGAGUCCGCGUGACGUUCAGCAGACCCAGUCGAAUUCCCAACAUUCCCUCUCCUCCUCCACUCAUUCCAACCACCAAGCCCACAGACAAGCCCUCCUUCAUCCACGGGGGCUCCAUCUCCCAGGGAACUCCUGGCACAUACUUACCGUCCCAUCCUGUGUACGGGCCAGAGGGGACGAAGAGCUCUGUGGGUUCCAUCUCUCUGGGUCUGCCUCGGCAGCAGGAUCUCAACAAGCCUGGAGCUGCAGUUCCAUCCAUCCAGGAUGGCAGAGGGGGCCUGGCAAAGGUCAGCGAGGGCCUGGCAUCAAAAGGAUCAAUCACCCAGGGCAAGCCAGCCCUGUCCCAGUCCAACAUGGCUGCAGACCUCAUGACGGGCUCGAUCACCAAGCUAGUCGCCAAGGAGCCGAGCGGGUCGGACAAGGGCAGGGGGGAGCAGCUGCCAACAGGUUAUGUCAUCUAUGAAGGCGAGAAUGGCCACAUCGUCUCCUACGACCCUAACAAGAACCCGAGGGAAAACACCCGCAGCCCCCGAACAGGCCACGAACUGAAACGCACUUACGAGAUGAUGGAGGGCUCUAUGGGCAGAGGACACCCUGGCAGGGAAGGAGCGCAAUUUGAGGGAUUAUUCAGCAGAGCCGUGCCCAGAGAAGGUCUCCAUGGGGACUCGAAGGAAAGACCUCUGAUCACAGGAUCCAUCAUGCAAGGAACGCCCAGAACAGCUGCAGAGAGUUACGAGGACGCCAUGAAGUACGGGAAGCAGAUCAAGCGAGAGAGUCCACCGAUUCGCUCGUUUGAAGGGGGUAUCGGGAAAGGCAAGCCCUACGAAGGGGUUAACACCAUCAAGGAGAUGGGACGCUCCAUUCACGAAAUCCCCCGGCAAGAUCAGUCUGGCCAGGACAUGUGCAAGACCCCCGACCUGUCAGACAGGAGGGUGGCGGAGGGCUCCAUGUCUCAGAUUCAUCCGAUGAACCAAACUAUCAAACACAAUGUCAAGUCCCUCAUCACCAGUCCCAGUAAGCUUCCCCACGGCAUGCCCCAGCUGGAGGUCAUAGAGCGGGCCAAAUACGACGACAGCAAGCUGGUGCGGCACACGUCCGUGGUCAACUCCACCGCCUCUGUGCUGCGCUCCACGCACCAGGAGAGCGCCAAAUCCCAGCUCAGCCCGAGCAUGUACGAGGACGCCAACGCUCGCAGGACCCCCGUCAACUACAGCUCCAAUCCCGGGUCCAGAGGCUCACCCAUGCUGGGACGGACUCCAGAAGGUGGCAUGAGCUCUGGGAAAUCUGCAGCACACGAGAGAAAGAGCGUCAUGACCCCGACGCAGAGGGACAGUGUCCCGGCCAAGUCCCCGGUGUCAGGCGGGGACCCUGUGGCCUCUCACAGCCCGUUCGACCCCCACCACCGGCCCGUGGUUCCUGGAGAAGUGUAUCGACCCCAUCUGCAUCCACACCUUGACCCCAACCUGGCCUUCCGAGUGCUGGAUCCCGCAUUCAUGUUCUCCAGGCAGCCGUCACCGACGGGCUACCAUAACACCUACCAGCUGUACACCAUGGAGAACACACGGCAGACCAUCCUCAACGACUACAUCACGUCCCAGCAGAUGCAAGUCAUCCCUCGGUCUGACAUGGCCAGGGGGAUUUCGCCACGGGAGCAGCCCGUCACUAUCCCUUACCCAGCCGGAGCUCGAGGGAUUAUUGAUCUAGCCCAGAUGGCUCCAACUAUCCUGUUGCCUCACCCUGGGGGAACAGGUGCUCCCACUGCGGAACACAUGGCCUACCUCACUGGAGCUCAGCCCCCUUUCCCUCCUAGGCCCUUCAACCCAACCUCCAUAUCACAAGGUCACCCAACGCACCUCGCUGCUGCCGCCGCCGCCGCCAGUGCAGAGAGAGAACGGGAGCGGGAGCGGGACCGGGAGCAGCAGGAGAAAGAGAGGGAAAAGGAGAGAGAAAGGGAGCUGAGAGAACGCGACCGGGAGCGGGAGAGGGAGCGCGAGCGAGAAAUGAGAGAACGGGAGCGGGACAGAGAGCGAACCAAUGAAUACAUCCGAGGAGGUGGUCAAGAGCAGCCCGUCCGGCCGGGGAGUCGAGGUUAUCUGCACUCGCCCUCCCCUUCCCUCAGGACACAGGAAGUGGUGGUUCAGCAGCGGCCGAGCAUCUUCCAGGGAAAGAGUGUCAUCACAUCUCUCAUGCCUCAUUCAGCCGCGGCAGCGUCGGCGCCUCAGAGCAGCUCUCGCUACAACACUGCAGCCGACGCUCUGGCUGCGUUGGUGGACGCUGCAGCGUCUGCUCCGCAGAUGGACGUGGCCAAAGUGAAAGACAACAAACAUGAGCGGGACGCGGAUAUGUCUUCGGCUCGGCGGCCGGCCAGCCUCCCCGACCAGCAGCAGCAGCAGGAGGUGGAGAGGCAGUCCCUGCAGUCGCCCUACGGCGCCAUGUCUCUGCCGGGGGGGAAGCCCCAUCCAGCUUACUCUGAAGGCCCCGGGGGCGGAGUGAAGGAGAAGGGGCCGCAGACCAAGUCUCGCAUCGAAGAGGAGCUUCGGGUUCACGGGAAGACGACGAUCACAGCAGCGAGCUUCAUCGACGUCAUCAUCACACGUCAGAUAGCCUCCGACAAAGACUCGCGAGAGCGAGGCUCCCAGAGCUCCGACUCCUCCGGCAGCUUGUCGUCCAGUCGAUAUGACAACAGCGGUGGAGGAGCCAUCGAGGUGAUCAGUCCUGCUAGUUCCCCAGUCCAGCCUCAGCAGGACAAACCGGACGACGGACAGCAGCAGCAGCAGCAACCAGCAGAUAAAUAUAAGCUACCGGUGGGCACUCGGGCGAUUGGAAUGAGUCGUUACCGGACGUCAGGAGAGCCCUCACAGUCCAGUUCCCAUCAGCCCCCGUCCUCCCAGGCCGACAGCUACUCGCAGGUCCCCAAAACUCACAGAGUCAUGACUCUGGCAGACCACAUUUCGCAAAUCAUCACCCAGGACUUCGCCCGAAACCAGGAUCCCCCUCCAGCCUCCUCGGCCUCUGCCACAUUCCAGAGCGUGGGGCCGCCCGUGUCCUCGUCAGGCCGAGUCAAGGUGCCCAGCCGUUACAGUCCCGAGAACCAGGUCCAGGCCCCCCAUCAUCAAAGACCCUCCAACAGAGUGUCUCCAGAAAACGCCCCCGACAAACCCCGAUCCAGGCCCGGGAAGUCUCCAGACAGAGGAGGCAGACAGAUGGAAAACUACGAACCCAUCUCUCCACCACAGAGUUAUCAGGGCCUGGAGAAGCAGGAGGCUGCUGGGGCUCAGGCUCAGAGACAAGAGGCUGACAACUCAGAGAUCAGGAGUGACUCACGGUCACCGGGCAGUGUGAGCUACCUGCCAUCCUUCUUCACCAAGCUGGAAAAUACUUCACCAAUGGUGAAAUCCAAGAAGCAGGAGAUCUUUCGUAAGUUGAACUCCACCUCUGGUGUCGGUGAUUCCGAUGUUGGAAAUGCACAACCCGGCACAGAGAUUUUCAACUUGCCUGCUGUUACAAGCUCCAGUAGCAUCAACCCCCGGAAUCACUCCUUUAGUGACCCAGCCAGUAACCUGGGCCUGGAGGACAUCAUUCGCAAGGCCUUAAUGGGAAACUUGGAGGAAAGACAGGAGGAGCACCAGGGAGGAGUCGCCAUCAGCAACUCUUCAAAUACGGGCAGCGACACCCGGCAGGAGGCCAGUCCCUCGCCCAGUAUGGGGAAGCAGAAGCAGAGCAAAACCAACAACAGAAAGUCCAAGUCACCGAACCUGGGUCAGGCGUACGCUGGAGGGGAGCGUCCCUCGUCGGUGUCCUCCGUUCACUCCGAGGGAGAUUAUCACAGACAAGCCCAACCCCAGUGGAGCUGGGACGACCGGCCCUCGUCCACAGGACCCAUGCAGUUCCCGUACAACCCGCUGACCAUGCGGAUACUGAGCAACACGCCACCCACCUCCAUCGCCUCGCCCACCAUACAGAGCCAGCAGCAGCAGCCUCAACAGCCACAGCAGCAUCAGCAGCAGCAGCAGCAGCAGCAGCCGCCGCCUCCGGCCGGAGCCCCAGUGGCCCAGCAGCGGGUGUGGCAGUCCCUGCUGUCGGAGCAAUACGAGACCCUGUCCGACAGCGACGACUGAGCCCCGCUGGCUUCAGCCCCGAGUCCCAGAAGAGAGAAGCCUGAGCCCAGGCUCGUCCAGUCACCUCCCCACCAAGAACUAACCUCACUCCUCCCAGAGUGUGCGCAGUAGAUUGGGUGGUGUCCUUUUUAUUUUUGGUGCUAUGGCGCCCCCCGGCUGUCUGCUCAGAGUAUGAGCAGCAGCAGCCCGUGACAGGCAGGGCUCUCCUGAGCAAGACUUAGUUUUGGCCCUGAAGCACUCAUCCAGCCUGAUGGAGGGAAUGACACGAUAAUAAAGAUGAAGAACUUAAUAUGUAAGAAGAAACUAUUUCUGAAUCCUGUUUGAUUUCUGUAAAGAUAUACCGUAUCUUUAAGGAAAUCAGUGUAUGUAAAUAGAGUAACCUUUUGCAGUGUUUUUCUUAACUUGAUGAUUUCUUAUUUUAAUGUUGCUUUUAAAUUGAUCCACUUUAAAAUGGGAAGAGUCGGGGUGUAAUCUUAAAUGCCACAAGUUGGUCGCCACCCUGCCCACAUCACUCAGCACCCGCUCAUCGCUUCACCAUAGUGACCCUACCAGAGACCAGAUCUGUGGUUUGUACUUGACCGUGACAGGAGCACACGGAGACUGUGCCCCCCUGCAGCAGCGCGCCAUCCACCAAGCACCACCAGAGCCCUGGACAAUGUGGACAUCGGAGGACUAAAACAAACAAGACUAAACAUUUCAAACAGCAGCGAUAUCUGAUGCCUUGUCUUCAUCACGCAGAGGACAUGAUGCAUGGAUUGGAUGGUAGAGAGGAUUUCUCGCCCGUUUUUUGAAACAAGUUGAGAACACUGGUGUCAUAGCAGAAAGGUGAAAGGUCUGAUAUAAGCUUAAUUUUACCGGAAAUUAUGACUACUCCAUGACCCCGUCUGAAAAAUAAAAGUGAGCCAAUGUGUUUUUUUUUUUUUUUUCUCCUUCUAUCAACAGAGCUGACUAUAUUGUGUGUCACAUGUAGCCGUCUCUCCGCAGUUUCCGUUUCCAACCUGUCCAGAAUGAUUUGCUCCGCAAUGUUGUCAUGGUGAAAAAAAAAACAAGUAUGUCAGGAAGUUUUUGUUUGUUUUGGGGGGAUGCUUUUCGCCAUGCCUUGUGACUUGAGAAAGAAGGCAGCUUUAACUAAUUUUCUCAGAGAUAUACGUUGUUUGAUGUUUGUAUUUGUUUCUGUAGUCCCUCUUUUUAUAUAUACAUAUAUACAUGUAUAUAUGUAUAUAUAUACAUAUACUGUCCUGACAAAACUCUGAACUCUGUAAAUUGUCUGUCUUUCCAUUACACAAAAAAGACAAAACUAACCAAACAAAGAAUGGUCUGCACCGUUGUUGCACUUUUUUUUUUUUUCUUUGUAGCUUUUGACAACAAAAAAAAAAGCAUACUACCUGCUGUGUAACUUAUUCAGCCUCCAGUCCAGGAGUAUACUAAGAUGUGCUUUAACUUUUCCCACCACUCACAGAUAUCUGGAAUUAUUGAGCUCCUCUCUCUUUAUGUAGCUGGUACAUAACUUGUUUCAGUAUGACGCUUCGCUUCACGGUUUUAAGUGUGUGGUACCAUUUAAUGUGUAGAAGUCUGCCGUCACGCAUUUCAUUAGCGUGACCACUUAAUCUCCGCUUUCAUGGCAUCAAUCCACAGGCAUAUAGCUUCCAGUAUGAGUUAUGUUAGGUCAACAUCAUAAAUGGCAGUAACGUUCCUUUCUGAGUCUUUAUUCUUUUUGUGACUUUGUGUGUGUGUGUGUGUGUGUGCGCGUGUGUGUGUGUGCGUGCGUGUGUGUGUGUGUGUGGCAAAAAAAUAACAUUUUGGCUUUUUGGGUUUUCAUUCUGCUCAGUUCACAGAUCCAUUUUCCUCUGAACUUGAUAUUUCCUUCUUUUUCCUUUCAUUUUGACUUUGAAUAAUUUGUAGUAGCACAUUUUUAUUAUUUUUAUUUUUUUUUUUGUCAUUUUCAACAUCUUUGUUCGUCGUCCUGUUAAAGAUGGGAUGUUAUGUGUUUACAGACGCAAUGACAAAAAAAGUUUACAAACUUGAAUCUUAAAAAA